CUUAUCAAUAUGCCUCAUAACAUUUGUUGUACAAAGCGCGGUAGCGAUUCUUUUUUCUCUGCUACAGCCACCAAUCACUAUGCUCCAAGCAAGGUUAUUGAACCUGUCCACCUUGAUAUUGAUGUCAAAUUUCAGGAUCUCUCUACCAAAUCUUUUGAAGGAAAAGUCACAAUCACUUUUAAGCAUACGGGUCAAGGACUGGUUGCUGAUAACAAGGAAUUGUCGAAAAUUGCAUUGAAUGCCGAAGAUUUUGAAAAUGUCAAAGUGAGUGGUGAAGGCUUAUCCAACUUUUACUAUGAUGGCCAUCUUAUCCAUUUGUACUGGAAAGAACCCCUUACAAAGCAGAGUGAGCGCAAGGUGACUGUUGAAUACACGAUUGAAAAGCCUGUUGCAGGUCUUUAUUUCAACAAGGAUGAUGAAAUACCAGAUCCUACUUCUGCUUGGGCUAUUACAGAUCAUGAAACCGAAAAAGCUCGUCAUUGGUUGCCUACUGUUGAUUUCCCAACUGUUCGUACUACCUUGACAUGGUCAAUUACAGCUCCUCAACAAUACACUUCCUUGGCCAAUGGUAGUUUGAAAAGUUCAGAAACGACAGGUGAAUUUACGACUACUAAGUGGGAAUUGGAUCAUCCUUGUCCUUCCUACCUUAUUUGCUUUGCAGUAGGUGAUUUUAUUGAAGUGGACGAUGGUGAAUAUUAUACUGCAAAGGGAUAUGAAAAGCAAGAUCUUAAGAGAUCGUUUGACGAAACACCCAAUAUGAUUAAAUGGCUUCAAAAGAAGGUUGGCGUUCCAUUCCCUUGGAGCAAAUAUUAUCAAAUUGUUUUACCAGCCAUUCGUGGAGCUAUGGAGAAUAUCUCUUUAGUCACUUGGGUUGAGCAUUUACUUCUUGAUGAAACGCAUGCUCUUGAACGAAAGCGCUUAGUUGAUACUGUUAACAUUCAUGAAAUGGGUCAUACAUAUUUUGGUGAUUUAUUGGUUAUCCGCCAUUUUGAACAUGCCUGGUUGAAAGAAGGUUGGGCAAACUAUAUUGAAUCAUGUUGGUUACAAGAUAACAGAUCAGAAGAUGAAUUCCGGUAUGAAAUGUUUGAUAAUGCCACACAAUAUAUUCAAGAAUGUGGUUCUUAUAUGCGUCCCAUUGUUACUCGUAAAUACGAUGCUUCAUGGGAUAUGUUUGAUAUGCACACUUAUCCUGGUGGUGCAUGGCGUAUUCAUAUGCUUCGUAGACGCUUAGGUGAAGAAGUCUUUUGGAGUGCUGUCAAGACCUAUAUCGAACGUUUCUACAACAAGACUGUACAGACUUCUGAUUUCCAAAACGUUUUAGAAGAAGCUUCAGGUCUCAACUUGACUCGUUUCUUUGAUGAAUGGCUCUAUUCUAAGGGCUAUCCUAAGCUUAAUGGUAAAUACGAGUACGAUGCAAAUGCUAAUCGUGUCAAGAUCACGAUGACUCAAACACAAGUCAAUGCUGCUGAGCAAAUUCCUCUUUUUGCCUUUGAUUUGGAUGUUGUGAUCACCACAAAUGAUAAUAAGAAGAUCUCUACUGUACUCACAUUUGAUCAAGAAGAAUCAGUAACUGGUUUCCUUUCUUUGCCUGAAGGCCAAAAGCCUAGUCAGAUCUCUAUUGAUCCUGAGGGCAAAGUCUUGUUUGUGAUCGAAAUGCCUUCCAUUGACAGAGAUGUCUUGAUUGGAACUGCCAAGGACAGUGAUAACUUGAUGGAUCGCAUUAUGGCUUAUGGUGAAUUAGUCAAGAGUGGAUCAAGACCUGCUUUAAAAGCUGUUCAUGAAGCUAUUUUGAAGGAACCUUUCUAUGGUGUUAGAAUACAAUGUGCUAAAAGCCUUGCCAAGUUAAACAGUACUUACAGCCUUCAAAUCUUGUCUGAAUUGUUAGACAAUGAAACGGAUCCUUUGGCUCUCUUUCUCAUCGUUGGUGCUGCUAAUAUGGUUGAUGAUCAACUGAGAAACUCUUUGCUUCAGUUACUCAAGAGAGAAAACCUUCCUUAUCGUGCUCACGCAGCUGCUUUGAUUUCCUUAGCUCAACAAAAGAAUCCAGAAGAUUUGAAAUACCUUUUGCAAGUUGCUAAAGAUGAUUCUAAGCUUGGUCAGCAUGGUAUUAUUCGUGGUGGAGCACUUAAGGCUUUGGGUGUGCACCGUAGUGAAGAAGGUUUUAAAUACCUGUUGAGUCGUGUUGGUUAUAACAAGGAGCCUCUUCGUGCUAGACCUACUGCAAUUCAAGGCUUAAUUCUCUCUGCUGAAUGGCAAUCUGAUAGCUUAAAGAAAGCAGCUAUUGAAGUGCUUGAAACCUUAAUUCGUGACCCUAACUCAUCUGUCCGAAUGACAGCUGCUUCAGGACUUGUUAAACUUAAUGCCAGUUCCAAGUAUGCAGCCAUUGAAGCGACUCGGUUUAUGUAUCCCAAGGAUGAACAAUCCUCGCUUAAUCGCAAGUUAAAUGAAUUACGCUUUGGAAAUAGUGAUGAUGCUCAAGACCAAAUCACCACUCAAAAAGAAGUCAUUGAAAAGCUGGAAGCUCGUUUAAAGAAGUUGGAAGAAAAGUUAACUCUUCAAGAAUUGAAAGAUACUUUAAAACAAUAAAAUAUUGAGCACUCUUUAGCGCCUUUGAUUCAUAU